AUGGGCAGCCGUCACCGACUUGUUUGUGUUUGGCCUGAAAAAGUGGCACGAAGACCUAGUAGACAAGAACUACUGGAAGGGCUCCGGGAGUCAAUGGAGGUUCACCCUACGGUGAAGAAUAUGUUGUGGAAAAUCUAUCGACGGGCAGAAUAUAAGGUUUGGAUUUCUGGGGACUACUUGGAAAACGGACCUUGGAAACCGACUGCCCUCCGCCUACCGCCUAUGAACACCCUGCGGGUGCUGCCAACCCGGCCGCAAAUGAGGAGGAAGUACAGCCACCCCACCCGGGGCACCAGACCCACCCCGGCUGAGCCUGUAGCCCCAGUAGAGGCUACAACGCCACCAGUAGAUCAAGCAGGGAUCAAUGCAGCCCUCUUACAUGGGCUCCUAGACAUAAGAACUCUACUAGAAAACGUAAUCGGGCAGCAAGGACAAGGAAACCCAGCUGCACCAGGGCAUGGAAACCCUGCCGCACCAGGCCAACCGGUUGCGCCAGGGCAUGGAAACCCUGCCGCACCAGAGCAACCGGUUGUGCCCAUGGAAACCCUGCCGCGCUAG